AUCGGCGCGCGCGGGCGGCGGGCCCGCGCUGUGUCACGGCCAUGGAGUACCUGAUCGGCAUCCGCGGCCCCGACUUCGUCCUGGUGGCCGCCGACACCGUGGCCGCCUCCAGCAUCGUGCAGAUGAAACACGACCAUGACAAAAUGUUUAAGAUGAGUGAAAAGAUCUUACUGCUGUGUGUGGGGGAGGCUGGAGACACGGUGCAGUUUGCAGAAUACAUCCAGAAAAACGUUCAGCUCUACAAAAUGAGAAAUGGUUAUGAACUGUCUCCCACGGCAGCUGCAAACUUCACCCGGCGGAACCUGGCGGAUUAUCUGCGGAGCAGGACCCCUUACCACGUGAACCUUCUGCUGGCUGGCUAUGACGACCACGAGGGCCCUGCCCUGUACUACAUGGACUACCUGGCAGCCCUGGCCAAGGCUCCCUUCGCAGCACAUGGGUACGGAGCAUUCCUCACCCUCAGCAUCCUCGACCGCUACUACAAGCCAAGUAUCACACGUGAGGAAGCCAUGGAGCUCUUGAAAAAAUGCCUAAUGGAGCUCCAGAAACGCUUCAUCCUCAACCUGCCCUCCUUCAACGCGCGGUUCAUCGACAAGGACGGCAUCCAUGACGUGGACAAUGUGCCCCUUACCAAGCUGGACUCCUAACCCCUGAGGUCUUUCUGCAGCACUCUUCUUGUUUUGUUCACUUUGGGGUUUGUGUUUUUUUGUAUUCAUUUGAAACACACGAGUCAUGUACUGCAGUGGGAGAUCAAAUAAAGAUUGACAUUUAUACAGCCA